AUGGGGGAAGCAUUGACGAUACUUACUGUUGUCACACUCCUUUCCGCCCUUCCCCCUCCCCCAGGCCACUACGAGAUGAUAUUCCUGGUGCACGAGGGGCGCACGGAUGAGACUCAUUGUUGUCGCCAUCCCUUCACCUCUUCUGCCUGUCAUCCCCUUCCGCCCCUGCUUUCCUCACCAGGCCACUACGAGAUGAUAUUCUUGGUGCACGAGGGGCGCACGGAUGAGACUCCUGCCAUCAUAGAGAAGAUCACAGAGAUGGUGAAGGACGCGCGGGGCACGGUGUGGAGAGUGAACGACUGGGGCAUGAGGCGGCUGGCAUACCGCAUUCAGAAGACAUGGCAGGCGCAGUAUAUCCUCAUGAAUGUUGAAGUUCCCGCGGAUAAGAUUGCAGCGAUUGAGAAGGUGCUGUUGCAGGACGAGAGGGUGAUUCGGCACCUUGUGACGAAGCAGGAUAAGGCGGAGAAGAAGGAUUACCCCGCUCCGGUGAUGUACAAUGCGGUUGGGAGUGCGCUGAAGUCCCCAGCGGGAAAUGCCCCUUGCCGAAAAAAGGGGGAAAUGGGAAGCAAUGACGAGUCAGAGCGAAAGAAGCGGCCAUCAGCAGCGGGAAGCAUUAUGUCGCCUCCUGCUAAGAGACCAUCGCUAUCGUGCCUCGGUGACGAGAAGAAGAUCGACCCAUCAGUUCUUCAGUUUCAGAACCAGAAGCUGAGUCAGCAGCUGGAGGUCCAGAAGGAGCGAAUCCAUGAAUUGGAGUCGCGGUUCGAGGAUCUCAAGGCACGGCAGUCAGACUACGACGAUACACUCAUGACAGUCAACAGCGCGUGGAACCAGCUGGUUGACGAUCUGGAGAUUCUGGCAGUUAAGGCGAAUGCUGGGCUCAACGGUCUUCAGCAGACGUCUAACGCCACUCCCCUUGAAGAUAGAGGGGAUUCAGAUGGUCCUUCAGAAAGCAUUUUCCUUCGGAAGCUGUUGCAAGCGAGUCCGAAGGUCGAGGACCAAGGCAAUGCGAGGAAGAAGCUUCAUUCCGCGUUACAAGCUCGGAGCUCGCAAACGUAUAAGGUCCUCAAGUGCAUAGUGCAAGCCGUCGAUCAACAAAGACUACGAAACGAGGAAUUGGCAGUUUCCUUGAAAAAAAGUCUAAGUUCAGACGAAGCUGCAGAGCUCUUAAGAUCGACGCACGAGGAUUUCAGAUCGGAGGUGUCGCACAUGCGAGCCAAGAUGGACGAGAUGCAUCUGCAGCACAGAAGCCUGUCGUUGGAGCUCUCGGAAAUUCGGGACUUGAACGCCAAGAGCCAAGCCGAAGUUCGGAGAGUUUCAGAUCAUCUAGAGGAUACCCUCAUGCAGCUGGAAUCAACGAGGCGGAAACUCGUCGCGGCGAAGCAGUCAGCUUCGUCGUCUGGGCCGGGCGCGUUUCCCGCGUCGAAGUCGCUUGUGAAGUCGGAUUCGAGAGACGGGGGGCAGGACAGCAGGAACGCGUCUGGGGGGGCCCGUGAGCUUGAAGCCGCACUUGAGGAAGCGAAGAAGCUUUCCGCUCAACGCUUGACUGAGAUUGAGGACAAGCAGCAGACAAUUUUGGAACUGAAUCAGAAGCUACGAGAGUACCAGUCAGCGUCAGAAGACGAGCAGCGCAUCAAGUCGUCACGGCCCUACUCGAUUCUGGCGGAGCAGCUCAUCGCAGCCAGAGCAGAAGCGGAAAGAAACCGGUUAAUUCUAGAGCAGCUGCAAAGAGAGCGGGAUGCGAGCAGCCUGCGCGAGAAGGACAUGGCGUUCCGCGCGGAGGCGGGCGACGCUGCGCGGAGGGCGUGCCAGCUGGCGGAGGCGAGGGUGGAGGAGCUGGAGAAGAAGCUGGAGCACGCGUGCAGGGAGCGCGACGUGCUGCAGCAGCGAUUGGAAGAAGCUCAUUCGUCGCUCGGGAGGAAGGAGACGGUGGCGGAGCUCAAGGUGAUGAUAGCGACGCUGCACAAGGAGAUGAGCAUGAUGCAGGCGCAGCUCACCAAACAUAAAGACGCCUCGCAGCAGCUCGUCACACUGCGCGCCGAUAACGAGUCCCUCAAGUCGGUUCUUAAUAGAAAGGCAAAAGAGAUAGAGCAACUAGGAAAACGAAUUUUGUCACGAGCGUCCGAGCAGAAGGCGUUGAAGGCAGAGGUGGCGCAAUUGAAGAGCUCCGAGUGCGAGUUGCAAAUGUUCAUGGACAUGUUCGAACGCGAAUCCACCGAUACCAGGGACAUGAAGGAGGUGAAGGCGGCGGAGGUGCGCGCGUUGGCGCAGGUGGCGCAGCUGCGCGCGGAGCUUGACGAGCACGGGCUGGCGCUGCGGGUGAAAGCCGCCAACGAGGCGGAGGCGGCGUGCCAGCAGCGGCUGGUGGCAGCAGAGGCGGAGAUCAGCCAACUGCGGCAACAGCUGGACGAAACGGAAAAGAGAAUAGUGGAACUUCAAGAGACAGUGAAGGCGAAGGAGGAGGAGGGAGAGGCAUACAUCACCGAGAUAGAGACCAUAGGAGCAGCCUACGAGGAGAUGCAGUCGCAGAACCGGCGGCUGCUGCAGCAGAUAUCGGAGCGGGACGAGUACAACACGCAGCUCAUCGCGGAGGGCGUCAAGGCCAGGCAGCUGCAGGCGUCGCUGCAGGCGGAGAAGCAGAGCAUGGAGACGCGCAUGCAGCACGCCACGGCUGCUGCUGACGUGCAUAAGCAGCGGGUGGUGCGGCUGGAGGAGCAGGUAAAGAGCGCAUACGAGCAGCUGGCGAAGGCGGUGGAGGAUGCGAGGGGCAUGGCAGGCAGUGUGGAGGCGGGCAAGCGGAAGCAGGCGGAGAUGGAAAGGGAGACGGCGGCUGCCAGGGAGGCCAUGGAGGGGCUUCAGAAGGACCUGAGCUUGCGGAACACACAGAUGGUGGAGGUCGAAGAAAAGCUGGAGAGUGAAAGGAACAAGCGGAGGCGAGUGGAGGAGGAGAGGGACGUGCUGUCAGCACGGUUGGCGAGGCUGGGCCAGUCCAUGGAGCGGGGAGGAGGGUCAGGGGGGCCAUCGGUGGAGCAGCUGCAGGAGGAGCUGCGGCAAUACAAGUCGAUUAUGAAGUGCUCUGUGUGCCACGACCGGCAGAAAGAGGUGGUAAUCACCAAGUGCUUCCACCUCUUCUGCUCGCCCUGCAUCCAGAAGAACCUCGAGUUGCGCCACCGCAAGUGCCCUGGCUGUGGUGUGCCCUUUGGCCAAAACGACGUCAGAAACGUGUACAUCUAG